AUGGCGGUCCUUUUGCCUAAAGGCUUCAAACAGCCCAUGAUUGAAGCCUAUGAUGGAGUCACGGACCCGCUUGACCAUCUACAAACUUUCGUGGAUCUGAUGAGACUUUAUGCCGCCCCGGACGCCGUGAUGUGCCGAUCCUUUCCCCCCACGCUCAGGAGGGAGGCUAGGGACUGGGUAGCAACCUUGGCCCCGCGCUCCAUCAAGUCAUUUGAUGAGCUCUUCAGGAGCUUUGUGGCUUAUUUCCUAAGCAGCAAAAGGAAGAGGAAGACAGCCAUUGGGUUGAUGUUCAGCCGGGCGACUCUUGGCAUUAGAGACCUGCAAAUGUCCGCAGUGGUUACAGCCUUGAUGAAUGGAACGCGAAAUCGGGCCUUUAAGAUGUCACUCUCCAAGAACCCCCCGGAGUCGAUGCAUGACCUAUUAAAGAAGGGAGACAAGUAUGUCGAUGCGGAGGAAGCGGAGAAGGUAACUAAAAAUCUCAGGGAUGGAAGGGAGACGGAAGCUAACAAGCGAAAAACAUAUGACGAGCAAAAGCACAAUGAUAGAAAUAAGCAGAAUAGUGAACGCACGAGCAAGGGUUAUGUCCAAGACCGGUUAGUCAGGCAAAAACGAGAGGAGGUCAAGACACCCACCCCUUUGAACAUUCCACGAACAAAGUUAUUGAUGGAGAUACAACAUAUGAAGGAGCUCGAAUGGCCCAAACCAAUGCUAACCCCUUCGGGCAAGAGAAAUCAAAGUAAAUACUGCCAUUUUCAUAGAGAUCACGGGCAUGAUACCGAAGAAUGCCUACAGUUAAAGGAAGAAAUUGAGCGCCUGCUGAGACGGGGGCUAUUGGCAAAGUAUGUGAAAAACGAUAAGAGCAGGCAAAGGGUCGAAGGUAUACCCCUACCAAGAGCAGGAGUGAUUAACAUGAUCAUCGGAGGAGUAGCAUCGGGCGGCGACUCAAAUUCAGCUAGGAAGAGUUAUGCGCGCUCAUUAAGGGUCUGCUCUAUACAGAAAAAAGCAAGAUUCAACCAGAGUAUAACUUUCGAUGAAGAGGACUUGAUUGGUGUAACUCACCCCCAUGAUGACGCCUUAGUAAUAGUAGGCGAUAUUGCGGAUUUUGACGUGAAGAGGGUAUUAGUCGAUGGAGGGAGGGCGGCAAAUGUCCUCACAUGGGAUGCCUUCUUGGGUCUAAAAAUCCCUCAAGAAAGGUUGAAGGUGGUGACUACCCCCCUACAAGGCUUUGGAGGGGCAACAGUGAUACCGGAAGGGACUGUAGAGCUUUCAGUCACGCUUGGGAUAUACCCAGCGACAGUGGUGAUCGUGACUAAUUUCUUGGUUGUCAAGACUCCCCUGGCUUACAACGCUAUCUACGGCCGGCCAUUGCUAAAUGCAGCUGGCACGGUCCCAUCGACAUAA